UUUUACGACGCGGCGGACGCGGCGGCGCUUGGCGGCCGGAGCGGGGCGAGUUGGGCGCCGGCGGGCGGCGGGGUAGCGAGACGCGCGGGGCGGUGGCAUCGCCAUGUCGCACGGCCACAGCCACGGUGGGGGCGGCUGUCGCUGCGCCGCCGAACGAGAGGAGCCACCCGAGCAGCGCGGCCUGGCUUACGGCCUGUACCUGCGCAUCGACCUGGAGCGGCUGCAGUGCCUCAACGAGAGCCGCGAGGGCAGCGGCCGCGGCGUGUUCAAGCCGUGGGAGGAGCGGGCCGACCGCUCCAAGUUUGUUGAAAGUGAUGCAGAUGAAGAACUUCUGUUUAAUAUUCCAUUUACGGGCAACGUCAAGCUCAAAGGCAUCAUCAUAAUGGGAGAGGAUGAUGACUCACACCCCUCUGAGAUGAGACUGUAUAAGAACAUUCCACAGAUGUCAUUUGAUGACACAGAAAGAGAGCCAGAUCAAACCUUUAGUCUGAACCGGGAUCUUACCGGGGAGCUAGAGUAUGCUACAAAAAUUUCCCGCUUUUCAAAUGUCUAUCAUCUCUCCAUUCAUAUUUCUAAAAACUUUGGAGCAGAUACCACAAAGGUCUUUUAUAUUGGCCUGAGAGGAGAAUGGACUGAGCUUCGCCGACACGAGGUGACCAUCUGCAACUAUGAAGCCUCGGCCAACCCGGCAGACCACCAGGUCCAUCAGGUUUCCCCCCAGACACACUUCAUUUCCUAGGGUGGCCUGGGCUCCCUCGGUGCUGUCAGUGGAUGUGUAUGACCGCCUGCUGGGAAGGACGAAGAUGAGGCUCCAAUGAGAGUUUCUGCUCCGGCCAGACUUCGUCUUAGAGGCUUUGCAGAAACCUGGCCUGAGGAGUGGCAUGGGUGCCCAGGUCCACCAUGGCUCUCUAGGCCCUGCAGAUAGUGUAGGCCGGGUGGCAUCUAGCAGUCAUGGAUAACACUUGCUUUUCCAGUCAGCGUGGCCAUGGGUCCCAAGUGCUUGUGGGUUUGUGUGAUUUUUUUUUUUUCAUAAUGGAAACUUCCUGGGCUGUAGGAAUCCUACCACAGCCUCUGGUUUGUAGGGUUUUUUCCUUUUUUUUUUUUUCCAUCAUGAGGGUCUCUACCUAGAGACACGUGUCCCUGCUUGUUCCUUCUCUCUGUCAUUGCUCGGCAUUCUUGUCAAGUUACCCAGCUUGGAGUGGUCUGACACGCGCAGUGUCCUGUGGCGAUAGCUGGAAAGGCAGGAAAGAGUCUCCUGUGCUUGGUCGCCUGGGAAGGUCUUCCUCAUUACCUACCUAACCUGUUGGGGAGAGCAUGGGAUUUGUUUUUGUGUGUGCAGUAACCUGCUUGGGCUAAGUUUGAGAAUUAUCAGAUUCCCUUUGGAGUCUCCCUAAUGUUUACUAGCUUCUAACUUGUGUUGUUAGCCCAUUGCUGAAAUUUGGAGAUCUCUUGAGUUCUCUGUUCAUGGCUUUUAUUCACUGUGACUAAUAAGCUUCCUAAUAAAUCCUUGCCAGACUUAA